UAUAUAGGACCCCGGAACCCGUUCUCCCCCCCCCCACAAACCUGCUGUGUCUGGUUCUGGUUUUGGGAACAACCCAUUGCGUUUUGCUGGCUGUCGACUGAGUGCUAGCAUUGCAUUGUUUUGCAAUUCGACGCGUCCCGCCGACGCCAACGGCACAAGCACCUGCCUGGAUUUAAAGGCUUGGCUGUGUUGUUUGUUGUUUGAAUCUUUAUUAUCACGGCCUGACUGACCUGCCUGACCUGACACCCACGACGCACAGGACACGCACUCACGACCCGAUACGCUCAUUACGAUACACGACGGCACGACGACGUAUACGACCCGCGGCCCGACCCGACACUACCCCGACACGACAGGCCGAAAGCAAGGCGAACCAAGGAGAGGAGGCACUCCACACUCUCUAUCAGUGCUGGCUGGCUGCUUGCCUGCAUAGCCAUCCUGGAAACUACCAGUAGAAAUUGUCAGCGACGACGACGACAAAAGCAGCCGCCAUGAAUAUUUGGGCAGUUUCCAACACGCCCGUGCACUCGGUCGAGAGGCGUCCGUGGCGGAGGAGCGAAAAAAAGCCCAAAUUCUUUGGCACCGAGCCGGCCGCGGCCGUCCAGCCUGUAGCCCUUGAGUCCGAGCCCGAUAUGGCCCGGCACGACGAGGCCAUUGCCCGUCUCCUGCAGCCCGCCAUGGACGGCCCGCCGUCACCAGAGAGCAUUCGCGCCCUCAACAAGCAGGUCAUGCGGGCCCCGUCCAGCGGAGACCGGCACCACAGCCAGACCUCGUCAUCGGGUUCGUCUUCGCUGCGCUCUCUCACCUCGGCCGACAGGCCAUCGUGGGACACGCCAGCCGAGAGCCUGCCACUCUCAAGGAAGUCGUCCGGGAGGUCGACAGCCAGUAGCAUGCAGCCGCGCGAGCGUCCCGAGAGUGUUCAGAUCUUUGGCAAGACUCUUUUCAGCCGUCGGUCCAAACACAGAGCUGAGAGCAACCCCCAGAGCUCGUCAGAAACGUCACUAAACUCGGCCGACCUCUCACGGGAUCUGCCGCCUCUACCCACGUCUUUGUCCGUCAGGGACUCGGUCAUCCCAUCCUUCUUUAGCCGCCGCCGCGCCGCUACCCACAGCGAGUCGGCCCAACGCAAGCUCGUGAUAUCCGAGCCGUAUAACUUCCAGCACAUGGCACAUAGUCAGAAGGACCGUGCCGGCCGCUCAGCCCUGUCUUCGGCCCGUCCCCAGGACCCCCUUCACUUUGCCGACUUUUCGUCCGAAGAACUUCCCCUGCCCGAAGAGAUUCCGGCCCCGCGCCGUGUCCUCAAGCACACGCGGUCUCACGAGCAGUUGAACAAGCCGCCCCCGCGCCCUCCCAGGUCACCAAUCCAGCAGUCAUUUGGAGCUGCGCCUCCCACUCCGCCGCCACGCGUCUCCAGCCGAAUGUCGCUUCGCCGGGACUCUCUGGCUUCUUCUCUCGACCAGAGCACCACCACUCCCUUCCGUCAUCCCCAGCCCUAUGCCCCGGCCCUCUCCCCUCCGGCUCAAAGCUACACCCCGGCCCUUGACAUGGAUGCCAUCCCCGAGGAUGCGGCCCCCAAAUCCGACGACCUCAAUUGGCCCCUCCCAGCCGACGCCCCGCUGCCCGACGUUCCUGAGGAGGACGAAACGGGCAUGUCGCGCCCAUCUCGAGCCAGCGUGGUAAGCAAUAGGUCGCUGCGCGCCAGUCAGUCCGUUCCCGUGCUCAAGGCCCUAUCGCUGCGCCAUGACGACGGCUCCCGCCGCCGGUCUAGCGGAGCCUCCGACACUCUGGGCCGCCUCGACCUAUUUACGGCCCAACGUGCUCUCAAGGUCGGUCUGAACGACUCCAAUCCGUCUCAGAUAUCUCAUGAUAGCUGGGAGGACGACAUCGACUACUGCUACGAGCACGCUGCCGAGGCCGACUGCGACUAUGCCUGGGAACGUCCCUCGCUAGACCUAAAUCGCGAUUGCGAUUGCGAUACCCUGGCAGGGACGCCCCUCCCUGAUGGAACCCGCCGCGUCUCGCCAGCCACUCUCAGCCCGGGUUGCUUUGACGUCCCAGAUCUGAGCCCUGUCAGUCAGCUUUCGGCGACGGCACACGAAGCCAUCACUCCAAUCCUGCCCAACCCAAGGGCGUCAAACUUUUCCUUGCCUAUUGUCAAACUUGCCCGCACCUCGUCCGAGGGCAGCUUCAGAGAGUCUCAUGGCUUCACUCUCUCACCUUCACUCCUCAUCCCGGCCGACUACCGCGAAGCUUCUGAUGCCACCUAUGACUAUCACGAUACGUCUUAUCUCUCUCGUGCUUCUGCCUCUGACCUUUCGCGACCAUCUUCCCAGACUGGUAUGCAGAGCUCAGAAACUCUCCAUCGUUUCCCGUCGUCCGAGUCUUCCUGGCAAGUUCCCAUGCCCACGCUUGCCGAGUCCGACGACGAGAUUGCACACCUGCCUCUCGCCAGCAGCAGCGACUCGAACCUGGUCAGACUGGCCCUGUCCAAGCACUCUACCCACAGGUCCAAGGAGUCAAUCAUUGCGAGGCGUCAGCGCUCGAGAACUUCGAGUCUUAGCAACCAAUAUGCCCUUUUUCCCUCGCUCUACAUGGGCGGCAAUCGGAUUUGACGUGAUGUUCUGCUUGCGGCAAUGUGCUAUAUGACAGUGUUCCGCAUGUGCGAUCUGCCGCUUGACGGCGAUCUCCUGCACGGGCGAUCCGCCCUGCAUUCGGAUGUAUUUUCUUGUUUAUUCUUUGUCCCAUGGCGUGUCCACGGUAGUAGAUAGAGGAUCGGAUAACACAAAAGGAAGCCUGUUUAGAACGGCAUGGCGCGGACCGGGUUUUGAGAUUUGCUUGUAUAUAUGUGCUAUCAUAUCAUGCCAGCAUUGCGGCGUCUGGGAUUGGAUGUCAGUUCGACUGCUACAACUGGUCUAUACAUAUCAUACAUACA